CAGCUGACGAAGUGCAGCUGAUGGCGCGGCGGAGCGCCUUAAAAAUGCACGUCUUGGAAGUUGGCGCAGCUGAGGAAAAUUUGGCUCCAAACUGGAACCAGUGUGGCUCAAGAAGGUUGGCCAAAAAGAAGGUCCUUGGACUUUUACGCCCACCCGGGAGCCGCUACUGUGGCGAAGUGGAGGAGGACGAUGGAGCCAUGACGGUUGACGAAGGUGCUCACAUAUCUCACUUUCAACAGCAGGUGAAAUCAGUUGAAAGAGCCGGAAUCAUUGACCCAGCCGAAGCUCAAAAAGCUGGAUGGAAACAUGUGGACCCUGGAGGCAACGGAGAUUGCUUUUUCAGGGCAACUGCAAAGGCUCAAGCCUGGAUGAUCAAAGGUAAAUUUGCAAACAUGUCUUUUGAUGACUGGCUGGCUGAAGCCGCAAAACAAACGACUUUUGCAAACGGCAUGCUCAUUCAAGCUUUCACUGAAGGUGCCAAUGCCAAGGUCAAAGAUACUCGCAAACAAGGCGUCUACGCAUAUUCCCCCGUCGGAGCGUACGUGGACGUGCAAAUUGUGCAAGGUGCUCCUGGGGUUUGGAAAGUUCUCGACAACCUACAGCAGUUCCAGGUCUUUCAUGUUCAGGAGGUGACUGCCAAUCAGAUGCGGGAAGCUGCUGAAAAUCACAUGAAUCUUUUCCAAGAAUGGCAUGUUCCAAAUGACCGACCAUGGGUGUGGUCGGGAGACUUCAAUCAAGAACUCGAUAAGGAUGGCGAUUUCCAGGAAGUGGCCUGGGCCAUGCAAGGAGAACCAAUUGUGGGUCUCCGCGGCACGGCCACUAGGUGGAAUUCCAAGAAAACCAUUAGGGCGGAUUUUGCCGCCAGGACCAAAUGGAUCAAACGAAACCAUCAAGGUAGUCCUCCGGUAGUUUGCCAUAAGGAUCGAACCUUGCAAUCACAUUCGGAAGUCGCUGAGGCCAUUAGAAGCCACUGGCAACAGGUCUGGAAAGACGCUGCUAGCAUCAGUCCACUCACUUCCGCCGAGCGUAGCAUUUUGCUCAAAACUUGUCUUGAAGGUCUUCCUCCUCCCACUACUCCGGAACGACCGAAAGAUAUCGAAGUCUUCGCUACAGUCAGCAAGAUGAAGCGUCAAGGGGCCAGUGGCCCGGAUGGGUGGUCUCCGGCAGAAGUCAAGGCCUUGCCCUUUGCGGUUUUCCAGACAUUUUGGGAGAUCACGGCUCGAAUCCCUCAAGGAGACGGCCUCAGUCCCUUGUCCUUGGCAUGCCUUAUGACAGCGGGUCUCAAUUUCGUCAAAGACAGGUGUCCCGCAGUGACAAACCAUUGCGUGUACAUCGACGAUCGCACUUGGACAGCCCAUGAUCCCAGCCUACUUACUCAAGUGGCCGCAGAGUGGCGAACUUGGUCUGUGCUUGUUGGCCUGAAGGAGCACAUGGGAAAAACUCAAUACGGUGCAACAACUCCCGCGCGACAAGGCCAAAUGAAAGCGAUAUCAGAGGACCAUGUCAAAGACUAUGUCGAUGUGCUGGGAGUCACCAUGUCGUCGACCAAAAACCGCAAACCUACAGCAAAAGAAGUCAACAGACAAAAAGAAGCCGAUCACGUGACUUUGCGUACCGGCCUACUUCCAAUCUCCAGAGAAGCAAAGCAUGGCACCAUUCGAGCUGUUGCCAUGGCGAAAGCCAGCUAUGGAUGGGUGAGUCGGAAGCCAACAGAAAAAGAAACUAGCCAUUUUGACCAAGCAGUCUGGAGAGCGUGCAACGAACCACACCAAGGUGGACCACACCAUAAAAGAAUGCUCUUGCAGGUUGGCCUUGAUGGCCCAGUGGGGGCCAAGCAGACGAUGAGGAUGUUUACGAGACAGCAUCGAUGUCGUGAUCAACCGCUUGACACACAGCCUUCUGAUAAACACCCAGUGCAAUGGUUCCAUGACAUGGGUUGGACGCCUCAGCCUAACCAGUCAUGGAAGCAGCCAGACCUCAAACUCUUCGUGGAACCUUUGAGCAGAUGGGAUCCGGAGGACCGCUCCAAGGCGGCGCACGACUUGAGAGAAAGUUGGAGAAGUUGCUCUGUGAAAGAUUGCUCUUGGAACCAUGCCCUUUGGGAAUGCCCGAAACGUGCGGUUUCCUUGGAUAGCAAUAGAACCGGCCCUCUGUGGGCCUCCUCGGGGCUGGGGCGCGGUACCGUGUUGCCAUGUGCCUUGACUGGUAGUGCUGGUUGUUCGGCGACCGCUGCUGCCGUUGCAGCUGCUUUUGCGCCCUGGCAGCUCUACGGGUCUUGGAUGCAUGCUGGUGCUCAGGUCAGCAGACCAAGCAGAACUGAAAAAGAGACGGACAACACUAGGACCAAUGGUAAGGGAAAGGGUGGCACCGUUCCUCGACUGGCUUCCGAUGUUGGUCUUUUGAACGCUCUGCAAAGGACCAAUGAAGAUGUGGUAUGUGAUGCUUUUCCUGAGGUGAAAUUCGUUUAUGACAAGCUCCCUUUGUGGGGCAAUCGUCCUGACAGCCUGGUUCUGAGGGUCACCAUGGAUGCUCGGUUCUGCUCUAAUGCGGCUUGGAAAAAGCUUGUGGCUCAACCUGGUAACAACCUCAGAAGUUGGAUUGCUGGAGUAGCUCCUGCGACUACCAACUUGGUCAUCGAUACUUGGGCUUGGGAGUUGCAAAAAGGGGCUAGUGGAGACAAUACUGUGGUUAAAGGGUUGGUGAGAAUCAAGAAAGCUAAUGGCGUUGGUCAUUUGUUGACUACUAGCGGAAGGGUUUGGGAAGACAAACGGUGUUUCUGGGAAGCACUUGACUGGACCACCACCCCACAAGAGGGCUGGGGCAAAAAACCUUAUGUGAAAUGGAUUGAAAAAGAGAGGAACGAGAAUGACCUUGAGUAUGCGGCACGUGCUGCAAGCCUUGGUGGCACCCACGGUUUGGCACGUGGAUGGAGGCCUGCGACUGUGGUGGAUCUGACUGAGGACAAACCUGAUGAGUCAGAACAGAUAGGCGACACUCACAUGGAGGAUGACGAUGAAAACAAAGGGGAACGAGGUACUGAAGCCACGAAACGGCCGGCUGUUGCGGGGGUCGGGACCAGUCCUGAGAAAAAGAAAGUUCGGCCGAACCCUGCCAUGCCGGAUGGAGUCAGUAGGGUGGAAAAACUGCAGGCACUGUUCGACCUGAGGCCCAGUGGAGGUGUCACGAUUUUGGUUGACAAAAGGCUCAACACGGCUGGCUGGGUUGCUGAAGCUGGAACUUCGGCCCAGGUGCUGGGAGUUUGGGUUGAAAAUUGGUUCAUUGCCUCUUUUUAUGCGCCUCCACCUGCUGUGGGUGCGAGACUUGAUCCAGCAGUCGAAGCCUGCGAGCUCCUGAAUUCUAUACAUUUAGCCACGGGAUGUUGGGAUGUUGAAAAAUGGCUUUUGGCUGGUGACGCUAACGCCACAUCUGACCAAAGCCCGUUAGCGGUGGCCUAUGGCGGUCGAACCCUGAGUCAGGGUCAGCCGACUAG